ACGUUGGGAUUGUCUUGUUGGCACUUGCACUUAAUUUUCUCAUUCUAGCUAUCAAUUGGAACAAAUAUCUUCUUUGCUAUAAACCACUGCCUAUAUGGCUUGUGGUCGAUUACACAACCGUGUUUAUCUUUGGUCUUUUGAUGUUUGUGGACAACUGGCUUGCUACUGGACUUGCCUUGGAUUUUGGAAGGCAGCAGCGUGAUUCAAGCUGGUUCUGUAGGAGAGCGGUGGUCAUGUCUAUCUUAGCUUUGCUGCUGUAUCCGUUCAUGUGGGUUUGGACUGUAGUUGGAGCAUUAUUGUUUAUAAAUGCAAGAGACUGUUUACUUGAUGAUCUUCAAAAAUGGGAUUUUAUCACUUGGCUGGUGUCCAGCUGUUGUGUACUCGUCUGCAUUGCCUGGACUUGUGUUGUAAAGUGGUUGAUGCGAAGACGUGCACAGUUAUUACGUGCCCAGCAGGGAAUUCCCAUUUCUGAAUUUGGGAUUCUAGUUGACAUGGUUCGGGUACCCGACUGGGCAUUUGAUGCUGCAGGACAAGAGAUGAGAAGUAUGGGCCAAGAUGCUGCUACGUAUGAUAGGUUGAAUCCAUCUCAGAGAGAAGCACUCAUUCAAGAACUUCCAAAGUUCAGGUUAAAAUCUGUCCCAACCGACUGCACUGAGUGUCCUAUAUGUUUAGAAGAGUUCUAUAUCGGAAACGAGGUUAGGGGUUUACCUUGUGCUCAUAAUUUCCAUGUUGAAUGUAUAGACCAAUGGCUUCGAUUAAACGCAAAAUGUCCACGGUGUCGUUGCUCGGUAUUUCCAGAUCUUGAGCUCAGUGCAGUAUCCAACCUUGAAAGCUCAGAUGCAGGACAUCAAUUCUCAAACAGCGAAACAACAACGGAAUCUCGAUACAUGAGAAGCCAACCUCCUAGCCAAAGCUACCUUUUGCGAUUACAAGGACUUCUUCGUCCUAGGUUAGAGAUAUUAGGAAUGUGGCCUAACUUAACCCAAAAGCUAGCUCAAGAGUUAAGGAUUGCCACAUCCUUUAUAUACUACCCAAAGAUCUUAAUCCCAAGCAAUGUGGGACCUUCUAAUAGGCCUCCUCGAGAUGUGGGUGGGAAACGGCCCAACGGGAACAGCCCAAGCCCAACAUCUCGGAAAUACAACAAAACAUGCCACUUAUAUGGGCCACAUAGGUGGAAAACUAUUUUUGUGGGAAUUUUGCUUGUUGGGCCAACCUGGCUCUGAUACCAUAUUAGGAAUGUGGCCUAACUUAACCCAAAAGCUAGCUCAAGAGUUAAGGAUUGCCACAUCCUUUAUAUACUACCCAAAGAUCUUAAUCCCAAACAAUGUGGGACCUUCUAAUAAGAGACCUCUGGUACUACUCUGGAGACUGCAGAGAACGGUGGGAUUCGUCCGUAUCUCUCACCGGAGCUAAACCCCCCCAAAUUAGGCGGUGGGAGAAAUG